CCACCACCUAGCACGCGCCGAUGACGAGGCGGGACGACCAGCAGCCCGUCAGUGCGUCCGACCGCCUCCUGCUGGCAAGUCGAGAGCUCGGGAGAUCCUGCGUAGAAAUUAGGCGUCAGCGGCAGCCAUGGCAACGAGUCUCAAGGUGUCCCUGUGUGUCCUCCUGGCGACGGCGGUGCUGGCGGCGAGCCCGGAGGUCGUGGCUGGAUCGCAGAACGUUUUCCAGGGGCUGGAGGCCGCCAGCGGUCCUAUCGAUUUUGACACGGGCGGGAAGCCCAACAUCGCCGACGGGCCUUGCCUGUGCCCCUCCUCCCAGUUCGUGGCGUCAAAUAAACCAUGCACUUGUCUGCCGAAGUGGACGACGCCGGAAAUCUAAGAGGCCUGUCGCUCGAGCCAGAAAAUCUGUGGGCCCAAAGGCAGUCCUUCCCGGGGGUUGAAUCAAGGGCAGGGCUGUGAAGGACGACUGCCCCGUGCUCCGUGGAUACUACUGAAUUGAUUAAUUAAUGGCCCUAUUUAACCUGCAUGUUAUUUUGUGUCUACCUACUGCAAACUUAUAAACUCGUGUAUUUAUUCAUUUACCCGAUUUACUGGAUUUACUGGAUUUCAACUGUAGAAGUUAUCUAUUAACAUUUUUACGUAAAAUAUAUAUCGAUUAUGAAGACAUAACAUCUAGAAAUGUUUGUACUGUAUGUUCGCAAUAAAUCAGUUUUGUUUCUGGAUUUCA